ACAUAAAGAUGUUAAACUGGUCACACAAUGGGAGGGUCGAUAUGGGGCAAAAAAUUUGAUCGCGAAACCAAAUUUUCACAGUUUAACAAUUUUCGAUGAAGACAUGGUUAUAGUAGAGAUGAACAGACUCAAAAUUAAGUUCAACAAGCCGAUUUAUGUUGGAUUUAGUAUUCUGGACCUUUCCAAAAUUAUACUUUACGAUUUCCAUUACGAUUAUAUUAAACAAAAUUUCGGCAAUCAGGCUAAAUUAUUGUACACGGACACUGACAGUUUAAUAUACGAAUUCACGGACAUUGACAUUUACGAGAGCAUGAAGAGAGACAUCCAGCUGUUUGAUACAUCAGACUACCCCGAAGAUAAUGCGUACGGUAUGCCUCGCGUCAACAAAAAAGUACUAGGUCUUAUGAAAGAUGAAAGCUGUGGGAGAAUAGUUACCGAGUAUGCCGGGCUCAGAGCUAAAAUGUACUCGUAUAAAGUCGAGGGAAAACCCUCAAAUAUGCGUAUCAAAGGACUUACUCGAUCAGCCGUAAAACACAUUACUUUCGAAGAUUUCACGAAUUGCCUAUUUAAUCAAAACACACUGGUUAAAGAGCAGAGACUUAUACGUUCCAAACAUCACGAUUUAUAUACAAUUAAACAAAAUAAAUUGGCUCUCAGUCCGUACGAUGACAAGCGCAUAAUAAAUUACGUCACCACAGACACGAUCCCGUGGGGAUAUAAUUUCCAACAAGCAGCGACUUGUUCGACCACUCCCAUGGAGUUCUAAGUCGAAAUAAAUAGCGCGAUAUAGUAAACGUUGACAUCAUUCGUCUUUCUACCGUUGUUCGCGAUGGCCGACUUAGACAUUCAAUUGCAAUACGAACUUGUUAAAAUUUCACAAAAGACUUACGAAGAUUUCCUUCAAAAAGCCAUUUUUGAUGAUAAUUUUCAAUUAAUUGACAAAAUUCUGGAAAAAAUCGUGAUUCCCGACCGUGCAAUAUAUUGGCUAGCUUUGCGCGAUAAAUGUAACAUCGGGUUGAUGAAAAAAAUCUUUGCCAAAAAACUUCAAUACGAUAUAUUUAUCGAACAACUGCAAAAUAUUUUCCAAAAGGAAUAUAUGUCUCAUAUUAGCCUCGAUAUUUUACGUCAAAUUAUAAAGAGUCAUUAUCCAAUAUUAAAUUCAUUUAAUCGGUAUUAUUUGGAAAAAUUAUUGGUCAACGGUGAUCCGUCAUUGGUUGAUCGACAUAGUCAAUGUUUCUCGGCAAAAAAUAUUUUUCUAAAUUACAAAGAAAUCGAUUGGUCAAUAGAUAAGGCCGUUUGUGAGGCCGCCUACUUUACUCAAUAUAAUUUUUUGGAAACUUUACACCGGGCAGCUGAUGGUAUGGCUCCAGGAGAACGUCUCCAAGGGUACCAAUGGUCAAGGUGUUGGAUGGUCAUCUGGCCCAGACAGCAGCAAAUGGCCAUCAAAAUUAGUUGGGGAUUAUUCUCAGACAUUAUAUAUGUUAAAUAAAUAUUAUUUGUAAAUUUUUUUUUUGUUAUUGUAUUGUAUAUAGAUAUUGUUUUUU